UAGAUCAACGUAGUACUACGGAGCGCGCUUUCGCAGUGUGUGAGAUCCAGUGAUAACAAACGUCCUGUGGGAAAACUAACAAAUCUCGAGUGCAUGUCUGUGUUCCGUUUGGUUACCUAGUACAGACCGGACUUCAGGUCAUCAAGAAAUCUGCUGUCUGCUCGUGGCUUGAGGACAAAAUAGGAGAAAAGGUUGAUCCCAAGUCACAGCUCAAUGAAGUAGCCGAUCCUGCCACCAUCCCACGUUUUCUGCCCGACAACCAACAAACCGGCGUCAAGCAGUCGGCGAGGCUGAAAGACCUGGGACUUGGCGAGGGACUGCAGAGUUUCUGUCAAGUCUGAGGGGGUCGAACCCCCUUCUCUGUUCCCCCCCUUUCACCCCCACCCCACCCCACCCCCCCAAAAACCCCCCUUCACCACUCAGCACCAACUCCAGCCUCCCUCCUCUGCUCAACCACUUGGCUUGUGAGACUCCAGGAAGAAAAACCAUAAAGCACGCAGUUCACCAAAACAACUGACAACAGCUCAUUUCAACUGCGGGUGGUGAGUCCUGUGUGGGUCAUGCUGAGGUCUGGCUGAGCUGCAGGAUCGCUGUGCUGCUAUGAGGCUGUCGCUGGGCCCACCGCGGCCCCUCCUGGCCUGGGCCCUGGCCCUGGUCCUCUCCUGCUGCCCCCUCCCUGCCCGCCUCGGGACCAUGCCCUUCCCCCAAGACCUGGAGCCCAUCAGCAUCGUCGGGAGCGAACACUCGUACCUGUACCCGAGCUUCCAGGGCCUGAUGGAGGACAACGACACGGCCCGCCUGGGCUUGGAUUUCCAGCGGAUGCUCCGCAUCAACCACAUGCUCUACAUCGCUGCCAGGGAUCACGUCUUUGCCGUCAAUCUCACUUCCUCAUCACAGCAGAUUGUCACUCAGCAGAAGCUGACAUGGAAGACAAAGAAUGUGGAGAAAUGCACAGUGAGGGGCAAGAACAGCGAUGAAUGUUACAACUACAUCAAAGUGCUCGUCCCGCGCAACGACGAAACCCUGUUCGCGUGCGGCACCAACGCCUUCAACCCCACCUGCCGGAAUUACAAGAUGUCGAGUCUGGAGCAGGUUGGAGAGGAGGUCGCUGGCCAGGCACGCUGCCCAUUCGAGUCGCGGCAGUCCAACGUUGGCCUCUUCGCUGGUGGGGAUUUCUACUCGGCGACCAUGACGGACUUCCUGGCCAGCGACGCGCUGAUCUACCGCAGCCUGGGCGAGAGCAGCCCCGUCCUGCGCACCGUGAAAUACGACUCAAAGUGGCUGAGAGAGCCUCAUUUCCAACAUGCCAUUGAGUACGGGAACUAUGUGUACUUCUUCCUGAGCGAGAUUGCAGUGGAGUACACCGCCCUAGGCAAGGUGGUGUUCUCGCGAGUGGCCCGGGUCUGCAAGAACGACAACGGCGGUUCCCCGCGGGUUCUGGAGCGCUACUGGACCUCCUUCCUGAAGGCGCGGCUCAACUGCUCGGUGCCGGGCGACUCCUUCUUCUACUUCGACGUGCUGCAGUCCCUGACCAACGUCAUGCAGAUCAACCAGAAGCCCGCCGUGCUGGGAGUGUUCACCACGCAAGCCAACAGUAUCACCGGCUCUGCGGUGUGUGUGUUCUACAUGGACGACAUCGAGAGGGUUUUCAACGGCAAGUUCAAGGAGCAGCGCAACAGCGAGUCGGCCUGGACCCCCGUGCCUGAGGAGAUGGUACCCAAGCCGAGGCCUGGCUCCUGUGCUGGCGACGGCCCAGCAGCAGGCUACAAGUCCUCCACGACCUUCCCAGACGACACGCUGACCUUCAUCAAGUCCUACCCGCUGAUGGACGAGGCGGUGCCCUCGGUCAACGACCGGCCGUGCUUCACGCGCACCACCAGCAGGUUCAAGCUGACCCAGCUGGCGGUGGACACGUCGGCCGGGCCGUAUAAGAACCACACGGUGCUGUUCCUGGGCUCGGAGGACGGCCGCGUGCUCAAGGUGCUGGCCAGCACGCACGCCAACGCCUCCUUCAGCACGCAGCUCCUGGAGGACAUCGACGUCUACAACCCCGCCAAGUGUAACAUCCGCGGGGAGGACCGGCGCGUGCUUGGCCUGGAGCUGGACAAGGAGCAGCACGCCCUGUUCGUGGCCUUCUCCAGCUGCGUGGUGCGCGUGCCCCUCAGCCGCUGCGCCGACUACGGCACCUGCAGGAAGAGCUGCCUGUCCUCACGAGACCCCUACUGCAUCUGGCUGAAGAUGGGGCUGUGCGCCACCGUGGCGCCUGGAAUAAAGCAAGGGUUUGACCAGGACGUGGAGAGUGGUUAUACGCAGUAUCCAGACAGUUGUCAUGACGUUUUGGCCACCACGCGAAAACAGAACACCGUAGUGGAUUCUGCUUAUGGAAAGACCACCCCCACUACAACCGCCAGCACAACCAGUCAGGCAGCAGUCCUUCCCAAGGUGCCCGGUGACUCACAGAAAGGUACAGGGCCUGAGGGGCACCCUUCAGUGGGGGACCAGGGCUCGCCUGACUCUGAGGCCAUCAGUGUAGAGGGAGUGCGACGCCCUCCUGAGGUGGAGAAGACCAACCACAGCGUCCACUACACCCUGCUGAUCGCCUGCGUGCUCGUGGCCUUCGUCCUGGGCGCGUUCCUGUCCGGCUUCCUGGUCUCGUGCUACUGCAACCACAGCUCCAGCAAGACCAAGCGGCUGCCCAAGGACCCGGAGGUGUCCAUCCCCCACGCGCUCUCGCUCCGCAGCCUGGCCAAGCUCAACGGCCUGCUGGAGAGCCAGAGCAAGGAGGACAAGCUGGACGUGCCCUCGCCCAAGGUCUACAACUCCUUCUUCGGCAACGGGAAAGAGCACCCCUCGCGAAGGCACCACGGGCACCACGGCAUGGGCGACCUCAUCCACCCGCACCACCACCACCACCACCACCACCACGGCUCGGAGCUGUCCGGGCUGCCGACGCCCGACUCCACGCCGGAGCUGCCCAUCAAGAGCAUGAAGGCCUUCAAGAACCAGUGGGAGAAGAACCAGAACUGCAACAACGCCAAGGAGCCCAAGCCGCACAACGUGCCCGGCUCCAGGCCCAGCUCGGGGCUGCACCAGCAGGUGUUCCCCUUCUCGCACGGCCUGUCCAACGGCCAGGCGCUGGGCGGCUCCAUGCACCUGGAGGAGCGCAAGAUCCACAACGCAGAGCGCGUGAUGAGCCAGCAGCAGCAGCAGCCGUACCACGGCUACCCGCACAAGGUGGUGGACGUCACGUCGCUGGACGAGCUGCUCAAGCACAUCCACGAGAUCAACGUGACCACGGGCGGCCUGGGCGGCGGGCUCGGCGGCGGCAAGGUCAUGACCUCGUCCAUGUCGGCGCACGCCGGCCAGAUGGCCUUCGCCAACCGCGUGCAGCCGCAGAUCCCCGAGACGGAGACGGCGCCGUACUACAGCUCGUCCACGCUGCCGCGCGACAGCCUGACGCGGCGGAUGGACGUGCCGCCCGACAUGCCCAUGCCGCCGCCGCCGUCGCAGUCCACGCUGGAGCGCCUGGCGCGCCACCCCGGGCACCACCGCCACUCGCUCAUCGCCGCCUCCAAGAUGGCGGCCGGGGGCGGCGGAGUCGGCGGCGGGAUGGUGGCGCGCCAGCACAGCUUCAACCACCAGGGCGGGCGCCCGCUCAUGCUCGCGCGGAUGAACUCCGCCGGGAGCAGCGGCGGCGGCAUCGGCGGCGUUGGCAUCUGCGAGGUGCGCCACCCGCUCAUCCCCGCCAGCUACCUGACGCGCCAGCACAGCUACAGCGAGCAACCCGAGUGCCACCGCGGCGGCGGCGUCAACGUGCGCCGGACGGCGUCGCUCAAGCCAGACGUGCCCCCCAAGCCGCUCUUCAUCCCCGCCACCUCGCCCGUCAACCAGCAGGGCAAGUUCAACUACUGAGGCCAACCAACCAGAGCUUUUGUUUUAACAAAACAAAAACAAAAACAAAAAACAAAAAACAGGACUGCACACACGUAUCUGUGUAAUCCCAUGACUGGAAAUGAAAACGAAAAAAGAAAAGAAAAUAUUCAAACGAGCAUUGAGAUUUGAACUGGCAGUCGGGGACGCUGCCUGCUACACUUGAACGUGACCCACUUUUCUCUAUGUCCAUUGAAUAUAUUUGUACCAUAUUGGUAUUGCUCAGCUAUUUGCUUCUAGAGGGUGGAAAACUGGGGGAUAGCAUCUGCCAGAAGAUCACCUUGUUUUUUAGGCUGCCACUGUCUUCAUUGUGGCUUUAAAUGCAACUCUGAACAGUAAGGGCUGACAUCACCACGGAAACUGCUGGACACAAUCGGCUCGGGGCCCUUUGUGAUGCUACUCAUCUUUUCGCUUUUGCUCAACCAUUCUGUUGGACGUAGAGGUGAUGAUCAGUGAUUGUUUCUUAUAAUAACGUGUAUAUAUAUAUGCAUGUGUGUGCGUGUGUGUGUAUAUAUGUGUGUUCAUAUCUACACAGUAUAUAUGUAUACAUUACACAGAUCAAACACAGUAUCGUGUCUAUACUGUGGAUUACAGCUUCUCAAAAGAAACACUUUAUUUGCCUUAUUUUGAGAACAAAAUAAACUGUUACAUUUCUACAACCCCCCUCCCCUAGUACCCCUUGUUCCCCUAGUAUAUUGCACCAUCUUAACAAAAAAACACCACGCAAGAGAUUUAUAAGCAAUAACCAUACCACAAACUCCCUUGAAAUGGCAUGAAAUUAAGUCUCCCCCAACAGGAAAGCGUUUAAUUACGCAAAGCUUCAUCAUUUUGAGGAUAUUUGUAUUGCAUUCUCAAUUUCUAGUAACAUUUGGGCAGUGACCAAAAAAAAGUUAGGCAUGGGAAGACCACUAAUGUUCUUCUGUGGCCAUAUAUGCAGUAUUAAAAACUACCCCUGACUAACGUGUGUUUGGUAUGUGUGUAUGUCCAAGCAGAAGCUUUGCAAAAGCAGGUAUAUCAGCAAACAAUUCAGAGAUCAUACAUCCACGACAAGUAUUACUCCCUUGGUUUUUAAUUUAGUGAAGACUGCAUCACUUGCAAUUAACUUUGUAGUCAUUGGUUGUAAAUAUAGGAAUAAUAACUAGCCGAAUAUUAAUUGUUUAAUUGUGUAAAUUGUGCCUUAUUUAAUAUGGUAUGUGCUCUGGGAAAGGGUGGGGGUGAUGAAUGAAAAUGAAGAUGCUACAGUUUGUGUUUUAUCUUUUUUUAUUUUUCAAUUUCGAUGUCAGUAUACUGUAUGCCACAUGUACCAUAGGUUUAUAUUUCUAUCUAGGCCUUUUUGAUAUCCCCUGAACUGUGUGAAUAGGUUUAACAACUACCAGCUUAAGACUGCAGGUUCUAUUUUAAUCUAUUUCGCUCCACUUCUGUGCUUUUUUCCUCCUCAUUGAGUGGGUUGGUGAUGCCUUUGCACGCAUUCACAUUGUGUUCACCAGAUCCGAUCAAAAUCUGCCGAUUUCGUCGAAGCGCAUAUUUUUACAGUAUAGUGCAGCAGAGCACCACCAAGAGCACCAGUAUAGUGUAGUGGAGCACUGGCUUCAGAGAGUAGUGUUUGUGUUUGUACUUUUCUUCUAGUUUAUUCCACUGCUCUUAGACAACAGCUGAGACUAUUGAUAGGGGAACCAACGCUGAUCAAGGUGUUUCAUUACAUCGUCUGUUCAACACUGCCUGCAGUGGAACUCAAUGUGAUACUUGCUCUGCAUCUCUCUUUCUUCCCCUCUCUCUCUCUCCCUCUCUUUCUUUUUCUCUUUUUCUCUCUCUCUCUCAAUCUUUCUCUCGUAGACAUACACACUCUUUCUCUUGGUUCUCUGCUCUUAAGAAUACCUAUUGAUGUGGUGCUCCACUAUUGCACUUUUCAGACCAAUUUCUGAGUAUUGCUCUUAACUGUACUCUUGACUAAAAAUGUUCUCAAGAUCUAUCAUAAAAAUGUGAAACAAAAUGGUGUAUUUGUAACUGCCUGGAUUACUGCAGUUUGCCUGCACUUGAAUUCACCACAAGCUGACUUCUCAUCCAUAUAUACUCACCAGGCUUGUAGAUGGCCAGUCAUAACACAUGUGCAUUCAACGUUUAAAAAAAAAAAAAAAAACUAUUUGGGAAAACAAUGGUUAAAGAAAUAUACAGAGAACAAAAGAGACACCUAUUCGCUGACAGUAGUCUUGUCAGUAUGACCUUACACCGAGAAGAGGGCUGUGUUUAGUUGUUGAGAUGAAGCGUGGCUUGUUGGAACAGAAAUAGGGGUUGAUGAAGGAAAGGGAAUAGUCUUUGUCAAUUUUAAUUGCUAUAACCAUUGAGGUUUCUUGUUAUUGCACAGUGUAAAUAAAAAUAAUGUCAUUUGGA